UAGUUAUUGGGACUGGAAAAUUUCUUACAUCGCCUCUCAUUGACGAUUAUGACCUGCCAAUAGAUUAAUCUCUGAUUGGCGUCUCAAUUUCAGAUAAGAAAACUCUGCGGUGGAUGCAGACUUUACAUCAGAUUGAUCGAUGGCAGAGAAGCUGAGAUGUAUUUGCACACUACUUUUCUGCAUUUUUAUGCAAUACCAUGGAGGCAUAAUGGUUUUGUGCUUGAGUGCUCAAGAAACAAACAUCCCAAAAAAUGCAGUCUGGAUGUUGUUCGAACAGAUCAAGCACUAGUCUUUUAUGAGAAUGAAUCUAAUCAGGCAAAGCUUUGGGAUGUUCUAGCAGUUUAUGCCAGGAUAGACAACGGUAUUGGUUAUGUGCAAGACUCUUUUUGGUGCUUUGAGCAAGCAAUGCGAAGGAUGGACCAGUGCUACUUCAAUGGGAGUGCAAUCUCAGUGGAGCACACUCUCACAGAUAAUGAGGACUGUUGAUCCCAAGCUUCAUCAACACCUUGGUGCGUCAACAUUUCAUGAGGAUUUAGAUGCUGGGGAGUAUCUAUUUGCAUUUCGCAUGCUAAUGGCUCUUUUCCGCGGAGAAUUUUGUUUUGUAGAUGCUUUGUACCUUUGGCAGCUGAUGUGGGCCAUGGAAUAUGAUCCCAACAUCUUCUCAUCGUACGAUGAGUCUGAGGUUGCUAGAACAGAUGAUACUACCCCUGCAAUAAAUGACAAACUGUGGAGGAAAUAUGGCAAGUUUCAGAGAAAAAAUCUGCAGACUGGCAAUACAGAACAGCAGCUUAGUGCACUACCUGUUUCCCUUGUUGCAAGUGUCCUUGAGAUCAAGAAUGGGCGGAUUUUAAAGGAGGCUAAGGGGGUGGAUGAUGUAGUGAAGGUUUAUCUCUUUUCAUUCUCCUUAUUAGAUUCAUAAGUUGUCAUUUUACUCAUCUGAGACUCUAUUCUCGGAUCUUGGAUUAUAUAACUUCACAUCUGGAUGCCAAAAAAGCAUGUGAUGAGGCACUGAAAAUUCAGAAGAAGUAUCUGAGCAAGGUGAAUUUCAUUGUCUAUCUUCUACUAUGUUAGAUGCAUUUUCUCUAGCGUGCUAAGAAAAAGCAGGGGCGGUUUAUGUGGGAAAUAAUUAGGAUCUUCAUUGAACUGUUUAUUUACUUUCCGUCUUUGGUGGCUCUUGGGAAAUUUUUGAAACUGUGUUAGAUAGAAUUGAAUAAAAACAGGAGAUAACAAAUCUCUUCAAGGACCUUAAUCAUGAUUUUUAUGUAAUCAUCUACUCUCCAACUACAAACUCUUGUCUCUAUUUACAACUCCCUUUAAAACUAGCUUUAUUAUGUUUGAACUUUUUGCCAUGGCUGUUUGUUCAUUUGCAGGCCAGAAAACUAUGACAAUGGUAAAUUUUUCGGACCUAUCUGUUAGCAGAUGUAGUGGUUCUGAAUGUUCUGUGAGGUUCAAUAUAUGCUUCAUUUGUGUUGAUAACUAGCAGGCCCCUUCUCUUUUAUCGCUUUCUGUUAUUAGACUCUUGAUUUAUUUGUAU